AGUUAGCAUGAAGCUAAGCUAACCCUCCGUCACUAUCAUUAGCGGAGAGUAAACAGAGCCGCUCCCGGUGCUCAGCGGCAGGGCUUUUAUGGACCAGCCCCGCCCUGUUUAUACGAUUAUUAAAGUUAAAGAGAGUCAUGGCGGAGGGAGCGGAUUGCGGGUCGGUCACUGCCGCGAAGAGGAGGCAGCCAGCGGGGAGGAAGAGCCGACAGAGCCGACAGAAGAGCUCCAGCAGCCGGGUGAGUCUGGAGAAAGUUCUGGGCAUCGGCACAGUCAGCGGCAGCGGUUUGACCUCCGACCCCAACUCUGGCCUCAUCGCCUAUCCUGCAGGGUGUGUCAUCGUGCUGCUCCACCCAAAGAAGAACAAGCAGAGUCACAUCAUCAACACGUCCAGGAAACCCUUCAGUGCUCUGGCCUUCUCCCAUGAUGGAAAACACCUGGUCACUGGUGAGAGCGGUCACAUGCCCUGUGUGCGGGUGUGGGAGGUGGACGGCGGUCAGGUGGCCGAGGUUCAGUCUCAUAAAUAUGGAGUUUCCUGUGUGGCGUUCUCCACCAACAGCUGCUACAUCGUCUCCGUGGGAUACCAACACGACAUGACCGUCAGCGUGUGGGACUGGAGGAAAGGUUCGAUCAUCGCCUCCAACAAAGUGUCCAGCCGAGUGUUCGCCGUCUCCUUCUCUCAGGACAACAGCUACUUCGUCACCGCGGGAAACCGACACAUCAAGUUCUGGUACCUGGACGCCUCUAAAGAACGACGGGUGAACAGCACGGUGCCUCUGAUUGGUCGGUCGGGGUUGCUAGGCGACCAUAAGAACAGCAUGUUCAGCGGGGUGGCGUGUGGGCGUGGCCUCAUGGCGUGCAGCACCUACUGCAUCACCAGCUCCGGUCUGCUGUGUCUGUUCAACAGCAGCCGACAGCUGGAGGCCUGGGUCAACCUCAAGACGUCAUCGGCGAGCUGUCUGGCGGUCAGCGAGCACUUCAUCUUCUGUGGUUGUGCCGACGGUGUAAUCAGAGUGUUCAGUCCAUCCAACCUGCAGUACAUCACCACUCUGCACCGCCCGCACCGGCUGGGAGUCGACCUCACCCAGAGCGCGCAGCACGGCAGCCUGCUACCUGCCAGUCCGGGUGCUCAGUACCCCGACACGCUGGCUCUGACCUUUGACCCCGCCUCCAAACAGCUGACCUGCGUGUACAACGACCAUAGUGUUUACGUGUGGGAUGUUAAAGAUGUGAGGAACGCCGGGAAGCUCUACUCUGCCCUGUACCACAGCAGCUCCGUGUGGAGCGUUGAAGUGUAUCCGGAGCUGUCAGAUGCGUCUCAGGCCUGUCUCCCUCUGUCGUCCUUCUUCACCUGUUCGUCUGAUAACACCAUCAGACUGUGGCACACUGACCCCCCCACCGGACACAGAAACCUCUACAGCAACGACCUGCUGAGGAUUUUGUAUGUGGGGGAGAACACGCAGCACCUGCAGGCGGAGGGAGAGAGGGGGGAGGCAGCAGGGGCUGAUGGGAAGGCUGGGAUCAGAGUGCUGGGUAUCAGUCCUGAUGGACAACACCUGGCAGCCGGAGACCGCUGUGGAAACCUGCGUAUCUUCGGUCUGGAGUUUCUGGACGAGCUGGCAAAGAUUGAAGCUCAUGACUCGGAGGUGUUGUGUCUGGUGUUCUCCCCAACAUCCACAGGUGUAAAGCUGUUGGCGUCGGCCAGCAGAGAUCGAUUAAUCCACAUCUUCAACCUGGAGAAGAACUACAGUCUGGAACAGACGCUGAACGACCACUCAGCCUCCAUCACUGCUGUCAAGUUCACAGGUGAGAGUCCAGAGGUUCGGAUGGUGAGCUGUGGAGCCGACAAAAGCAUCUACUUCCAGACAGCUGAACAGACGGCGGAGGGUUUGUCGUUCUCCAGGAGUCACCACGUGGUGGAAAAGACAACGCUGUAUGACAUGGACCUGGACUCAUCGAGGACGCACGUCGCCAUCGCCUGUCAGGACCGAAACGUCAGGGUCUACAACGUGGAAACUGGGAAGCUGAAGAAGUGUUUGAAAGGCUCGUCCAGUGAUGAAGGAGCUCUGCUGAAGGUUCACGUGGAUCCGUCGGGGUCGUUCUUCGCCACCAGCUGCUCCGACAAAAACAUCACCAUCUUCGACUACGAGUCAGGAGAGUGUGUCGCCACCCUGUUCGGACACUCUGAGAUCGUCACCUGUAUGAGGUUCAGUCAGGACUGCAGACACCUCAUCACUGUGUCAGGAGACAGUUGUGUGUUCGUGUGGAGGUUGGACUCUCAGAUGACCAGCACCAUGAGGAAGAGGCGGGGCCUCAAACUGGCCGCCGCGCCUGUAACCUGCAGCCACAAACCGCAGAACAUCAGGAGAGAAACCUUCAUCACUGUUCCCUCCUCUCAGCUGCCUCUGAUGGAAGAAGAGGAGGAAGAGGCUGACCGCAGGACUCCAGCUAGACUGGACUCUGUUCAAGGUCCUCCGCUGCUUCAGACCAACGGGAAACUGCCCAUGUGGUUCAGAAAGCUGCAGGGUCAGGGCGAAGCCUCCGCCACCAUCCAAUCAGACGCCGAGCCUCGUCCGGUCAGGAGUCGGUGGGGAGAGCAGCUGGACCCUCUGAUCAUCUGCGCCAGCUUCUCCCCGAGUCAGAUGGAGGAGGAGGAAGAGGAGGAGGAAGACUUCCACCCUCAGAGUCUGGAGAGUCUGCUGGGAGAGGAGUUGGAGGAGGAGGAGGACGGAGAGGAGGAGAAGGAGGUGCAGCAGAAUCCCGGUGAGAACAGGAGCAGCUACAUCCUCUACCCCAACACCAACACCACCACCGACAGGGAGUUUGACGUUGAGGGUGUGACUGACCCUCGGCGGUCUCUGACCCAGGUGGAGGUCAAAGGUCAGGGGACGGAGCCGGUGUGGAGCACUCAGAUGAGUCCGGACUCGGCCUGCUCUGAAGGAUCAGCAGGAAGUCUGGAGCAGCAGCACGACGCCGACACAGAUUCCCUCAGUCAGGGCAGCUCAGUGGGCAGUUUGUGUCUGGAGGACGACGAGGACAGAAACUCUCUGAAGAACCACUUUGACACUCUGGCCUCGAGUCUGAACGACGAGAAGUUUGACACAGACCUGAGGACGCUGCAGCCUCCGGAGGAGAAACACUUCCUGAACCCUCGACUCAGCAUCUCCACCCGCUUCCUGUCACGAUUCCAGGACAGAAUCAAGGCGUGGCCGGGCCGCGCUCCGCCUCCUGUCUCAAUCCCAACCAGGAUCUCAGAGGAGAGCAACAUCGGCAACACAUCGAUGAACUCUGACUCGAGCAGCGACGUCGCCUCAACAGAUUCGACUGAGAAAGAAAACGGCGGAGUGAGAUGCAACCAUUCAGUCCUUCGUCGUAGAGCUUCCUGCGUGAUUUCCCAUCAGCCCCUUCGCCGCCCAACACGCAGACGACACACUGUGGUUGUUGUCCAGUGCAGAGAAACGCUGCGAGACGUCACCUCCAAGACUCUGGAGGCCCACAACAGCAGCUUGGUGUCGACAGUCCAGCAGGGGGCGCCUCGUCUCGGAUACCUGGGAACCACAGCGAGCUCGAGGGCCAAACUGAGCCAGGAAUCACCCACCUCCACCCAGGAGGAGGAGGAGAAGGAGAACCUCUCCUCUUCCUCCUCCUCCUCUUCCUCAGAGCUUCAGCUUCCUGCUGGUCUGGAACUCCACAGCACCAAAACUGACCCCCAUCAGGACCAAACCAGCAGCCUUUCUCCGUUGUCCCAGAAGGCUUUGGACCACCUACCUGUGGCGAGCCCGCAAGUGUUGACCACGCCCACUGAGGUGAUGUCGCUUGGUGAGGGCGGGAGGUGGAGCGUCAGCAGCGUCGAGGAGACGAAUCAAACCCUCGUCCAGAGCCCCGCCCUCUCCAUCACCCCCACAUGCACGCCCCCUGUCUGUGACAUCAUCAGCUGCUCCGCCUCCAGGCGCGAGGAGUCUUCAGGAGGAUCUGAGAACAGAAUCCAGACUGAUCCGGCAUCAGACCCGUCCUCCUCUGACCUGCCCACCUCCUCUUCCUCUCCUCUGUCAGAAACACUCCACCUCCCUCAGACAGGUGAUGAAGAGUCGGUCAGUCUGCUGCAGAGUCAGCAGGUCGCCAACGAGCUGAGACAGACAGCGAGACGAGCGGUACACCUCUACCAACAGCUCGGCGUUUCAGUCGACAGUUCAGAGCAGCGUCUGCAGACGUCGUUGGUCCUGCGGGAGGCGUUUGAUGCCGUUGCCUCUGAGCUGCAGGCGGUGCUGCGGGGCGGAGGCGGGCGGGGCAGCAGCGCCCCCUCUGGUCCACUGGAGGACGUCAGGAUGAUGUCUCUGCUGGAGAGAUACUCUGAGCAGCUGGUUCAGAUGACCCAGAACAAACUGAACCGAAUCUGAACCAGUGACUCUGCUGUGGGUACGGAGGCUGAGGGAGGACAAACUGCAGCCUCAGUGACUCUGAGCUGACUUUAUAAACAUCAGUAUUAACUUUAAACGCACCUUAUGUUUGUUUUUAUGGCAGCAAAAUGUUUUAUAUGUUUUAAAAUCACUGUUUGUACAUAAACUUUUUGUUUAUUAAUAAAUGUUUAAUGUGUCUUA